CCCGUUUACAUCCCCGUGUAGGCUACACACUGUUCUAGCCUCUGUCUGUGUUGAGCCGGCAAGGAGGAGGGACCGUGUCGUGUGCUACGUGCAGAUUUGUUCGCCAAAAUCGUAUAGAAAGGAAUCAACCAGCCAGUUCAGAAACCUGCCUUAACACAGACAAAUAAGAUCUAAGGAGAUUUUCGUGUCAAGCUUAAUUGUAGUGGCCAAAGCAUUAUUAAAUGCAAGAUCCUCGUGGUAUUUUGGUUGGUGAAACAUUACCGAUCAAUGAUUGUGCGGCGAGAUUGUUUUUCAUAACAGAGCUGACCAGAAUCGAUUCUCGUGGUUAUCGGGAAGAAAACGGGAGCCGAGAGAUAGACUGGAUAUCCAUGAGCUCCGACUAUCAGCACUACAGUUUCAGAAUGCCGAAUAUAGGGUUCCAAAACCUUCCCCUCAACAUCUACAUUGUGGUCUUUGGCACAGCCAUAUUUGUCUUCAUCCUCAGUCUCCUCUUCUGCUGCUACCUGAUUCGGUUACGGCAUCAGGCACACAAGGAGCUCUAUGCAUACAAACAGGUUAUACAGAAGGAAAAGGUCAAAGAACUAAAUUUGCAUGAGAUCUGUGCGGUGUGCUUGGAGGAAUUCAAACAGAAAGAUGAACUGGGGAUCUGCCCUUGUAAACAUGCCUUUCAUAGGAAGUGCCUCAUUAAGUGGCUGGAGGUGAGGAAGGUGUGCCCGCUGUGCAACAUGCCCGUCUUACAGCUGGCACAGCAGCAGGGCAGCUCUGAGCCGCAGGGCCCCAUGCAGCAGCCUCUACCGGGGGUGGAGAACCUGGUGUAGCGCCGCCGCCGCUGCUGCCGCCACCACCACCACCCCUCCCCGCUGCCACGUGCUCCGCCUCCCUCCCCCUGCUCCCACGAGACCUGACCCUGCCACACUCACUCGCCCACUCACCUGUACAGGUACACGUGCACACAGCCCGGGACAGACGCAGGAGAACUCCUGUUUCUAUGCAGCGUCAUCCGAGCUGCUGAAAUCCCACCACCUGACUCGUUGCUCUGCCCAUGUGGGUUCACACACACACACACACACACACACACACACACACACACAACACACACACAAACACAAAUACAAACACACUAACGACAAAAGACAAAGAAGAAACAAAAGAGGAAUUCACUAUUUAUGAAUAUUCAUGACUCUUCUCCACCUGCGUUCCGUUUCAGUUUUCUUCCCUUUUUUUUCUCUGCGGCCAAGUGGUGGUCAAUCUGACUGUUUUCACAACCAAAGCACUUUUCUGGGGACACCAGCACAAGAAGACUAGAAAACAAGAGAACUAAAACAACAAAAGAACAAAACCGCAGACUACAAAACUACAUAUUAAAAAUGGAAAACGGCUGCAUUUUUAAUGAACAUUUUUUUAACAAGCACUUUAUGAGAACUCAACCUUAAUUGCUUGUGAAGGUAGUAGCAAGGUCAUAUUUUAUAUUUUAUUACAAUUGAUUAAUUGUAUUACUUUUUUCUUUUAUUUUUCUUUAGUUAUUGUGUACAGAGCCACAUCAGUUUGGUUUUGGUUAGUUGGGACAUUGAUUUAAAGAAGCAAAGAUACAUUUAUAUAAACAUAUUAUUGAUAAUCUCAAAGGGAUACUAACCUCCCGAUGGAAAGAGCAGGAAGUAGGAUUCAGAACACUUAUGGGUGGUCUCAUGCACAAAUACACACACACAGAAUAUAUGCAGAAUGCAGAAGGAAACUGUGGAACAGUUGAUGUGUGUGUGUGUGUUUGUGUUUGAGUAUGCAAAGUUUUAGGCCAGGCUGACCCUGAGGCAGACCAUCUAAAUGUGAAUGUGAAGUAUUUAGGAGAGACAGCUGGUCAGCAUGUCACUGACUGACCCCAGAUGUAACGUUACACUAGCAUGCCUGUGCUGACAUCUGCAGCCUGGUGUGUGUUUAUGUGUGAGUGUACAUGUGUCUCAUGUGAAGGAUGUGCUACGUGCUACCAUUGAGCACAAACUGACCCAAGCUGCCUUUAGGCUGCUCGGCCCUCUGUGGAAACUCCCUCUCCUCCGAACACAUCAGAGAAGUGCAGCAGCACUCAUGGGUGCUGGUGGCUCUGAGUAUGGUUAGUUUCGGUACAAAGCAUCUCUACAAAGCAUCUCUAAUCUCUUCCUAUAAGAGGCCAAACAGGAAGAGCAGGACCCUAAUGUCUGUGGUGCUAACAGCAGCAGGUCACCAACCUCCCCAACAGCGACAGGGUUAGUCAAAUUGUUUGACAGAAAGAUCAUGUUAAAACAACAAAAGUUGCCUCAUCUGGCUUUUGAUUUCAGGAGAAAACUGCUGGUGCUAUGGACAUGUCACUCAAAUACUCAACUAUCAGCCUCUUGUCUCACAGCAUCAGGGUCAUCCUGGAGCACUGUUGCCAUUUCUGUCUCAGCCAAUGUGAUCUGGUUAUUUACUACAUCUCUAUUUAAUAUCACACUUACUCCUGGGCUUUUUGGUGAUCCCUGUGGACAGAGCCCUAUAUGGGGCUGUGGUCUGUUUAAAGCUGUGUGAGUCCCUAGGAGGACUUCUUUUAGACAGAAGACUGAUUGUAGGUGUCAGGCCCUGUGACAUUCCAGCCGAGCUCAGCAUAUCAGCGGGCUUGUGCGGCCCUCCUGGGGCUCUUUGUGUGGGCCCCGGUACAAAGGGCCACUGGCCCAGUUCUCAAUGGGCCCUGGCUCAGCCUGCACGUCCGUGACGUCGGCCCCUCUGUGUGGCUCGGUGCCGAGCCUGUGGAGGCUGCGGUCAGCAGGUGAGGCAGCGUUUUAAUUCUCCCCAGAGAAUAGCUGCCUUUCUGAGCCCUUAUUCUGGCUCAUUCCCCUCUCUGCUACUGCUUUUGUGUACCUCCAUGCCCGCCCCUCUACCAACAGGGUCCUUUGUGUUGGCCUCUCGUUACGGCGGCCUCAUUCCCUGCCAGCACAGAGCUGGUGUGGACGAAAGCGCACGUUUUUGGUACGAAGUGUUUCAGGUGCUCUUUUUUGUCAUCAGAGAGUCAGAGGGGAGAGUAGACUAGAUUGUAAUCACCUUUGUGCAUAAUGGCCUGUCAUUUGCCUCUGAAUGAACAAGCAUGAGAUUAUGAUAAGAUCAUAAGCUUCUCCUUUUAGUGACACUAUGUUACACUUCACUAGUUGACUGGUUCGAAAGUGUAAUCUGUCUUAAUAGGUGGGUUUGUUUUUUUGUGUCUUCUCUGAUGUAGAUGCCUUCCUCUAGACAGGCAUUCUCACUGCCAAACAUUGCAUUUAGGUGAGAUGGCCCUUCUCCUUAGAUAGCCUGAGCUUAAAGAAAGAUCUCUACAGUGAGUCCUUAUAUACCACAUAAGGUUGAGGGAUUGCAGAAUAUACCUAGGAAAGCCAAACUGUAUCCAUACAAGCUCCAUUGUACUCAUUGACAUGAUUUGUAUGUGACUACAAAAUAAUGUCUUUUAUGUUUCUGGGUGCAGGUUGUGAAUUGGAGCUUUGUGCGUUACUGAUGUAUGUGCUUGUGUCAUGUGUUUUGUCCAUGUUUGUGAAGCAACGUACACUGUGGUGGAUUGUGGACUGGGGAAAUUGUAAACCUAAAGACACAUGAUGGGAUUGUUUGGUAUAUUUUCACUUCACUUCCAUUUUCACUUUUGCUAUAACACAACACGUGUCUCCCCGAAGUCCCCUUGAAGCAAAACCAGGCUUCUGGGAUUUUAUUUUGAGAAACCCAGCACAACUGAAAUCCCAACUGAGUCAUGUGAUUUGAAUUCAAAGUCUUAUUUUUUUUGAAAGUGUCGGUUUGUCACUGAAUGUAUGUUGAGUAAGGUACAACAGAGUAUAAUGAGGAGAGGAUAAUGUGAAUGGCAUGUGACUGUGCCACUGGUCUGACUGUAAACUGCAUAGAGGAGUGAAAGCAGGUGUUGAGUAGGAGUGUAUCCGGUUGGUCCAGCCAUAGCAAAACACAAACGGAAUUUGCCACCAAAAUUUGAUCCAAACUAUUCUGAAACUGAUGAUAGGCAGAUAGACAUUUUGAAUUGGUAAAAUUAUCUCCAUUUCCAAUGGCAGUCCUUAAAUGGAUCAAUUGAUGAUCGUUCCACAAAGCCCAUUUGAUUAGCUUUAAAUAGAUAUAAGCAGCUCCCUAGAUAUCAAUGUGUACCAAGAUAACUACAUGUGAUUACCUCAUAAGUGUUUUUGUAAGUGCUUGCCAAUCCUUGGUUGUGUACUAGUGUAGAUAUGAUGGCAAAGUCUUUGAAUUCAUGUUGUCUGUCCAUAAAAUAUAUAUACCCAUGUUGAGCAUAUUGGAAUUGCCUGCCACAUUCAUACAAGAAAGUGAUUCUUCAUAGCUUUAUAAAGGCCAAACUAGGUUUGCUAGCAAUUUGAAAGUUUGAAGGUUAAUGCUUCAUGGAUAAUGCCACUCACAUCUGGCCUAUGUCAUCUAAUCCAGCUAAAAUCUCAGACUGAUAGUUGUGACUGCCUUAGUUCUUAACUGUCUUUGUCCAAAUCACCCUCAUCUUAACACAACUGGUGCAGUUGCCCCAGUGUAUUGGUGCAUGAAUGACAGCUGUAAUGUACUAAUUGCCAAAAGACUUCAUGGGCAGGAUGAAAUGCUUGAGUUGGCUAUCUAUCAGUAGUGCAGAAGAGCCCCCACAGCUCACUGAACGGCCCCUGUGGCUCCCUCUAGUAGCCGUGACAGUGUCAUGUCUGUCACAUCUGCCCAGUUCCACACAGGAAAGAAUAACAGAGCGUUUGCACUCAGGUGAAGGGGCUGUGAUGUAAUGAGGUGCGGCUUGCACAACACUGAGGUUCCAGACCGCUGCUCCACGCUGGCGGAGAUCUCAGCAAUCUGGCUCCGAACUCAGUCGGAGAAGAGAGUUGGAAAUGUUAGAAGUGAACAACUGCCGAUUUCAAAAUCUUCAGUUUUGGGCCUUAAAUAUUUUUUCACCCUGCCAGCCCUCCCCCAUUCACCGCUCCCACCACACACACACACACACACACACACACACAAAUUCUAUCUCUGUACUGCUCCUGUUUACAUAGUGUGUUGUAUAUUUAUUCAGUGUCAAGCUUCACCCCUACUUUUGACUAGUCCUGCCCCCCUACCCUAAUCCCCCCACCAAGCCUGCCCAUGACCCCCCAUCCCCUGCCGUCCUUAGUCCGUGUCCCACCCAACACUUCCUGCUUGUGUUAACACUGAUUAUGUUUGUGAUCCUCACAGACAUGUUUGUAAAACUAAGAAUUCUGCAGCAGAAUAUUUUGGAGACAUUUGCUGUACAGUAUUUGUAAGCUCUAUUUUUGUAUAUUUAAUUGCUAUUUUGGAGGAAAAUUAAAAAUGAGAUGCAUUACUUUUUUGCUAAUUUCAUGUUCUUUUCAUUUGAAAAAAAUGUUGCAUGUGGUUGACUUGAACUGUAAAUAAAAUUACCAAUUUUUUUUUGGAAA